CCGGCCAAUCGCCGCGGCGCGAGGGGCGGGACAUGUGCCCAUAGCAACGGCCGCCGUGCGGCUGUCGCAGCGCGCCGCGAGUCCCGGCAGGCCGUCCGCGUGUCCGUCCGCGCGCAGCAGCCGCCUCGGCCUCGCGCGCCCCAAGAUGAAGUGGCUAUCUGUCUUGCCCCAACAGUGUAUUUUGCUGAUGACAUGUAUCCUAGUGGCCUUGGAAGCUGUACCUAUAGACAUAGAUAAGACAAAAGUCAAAGGAGAAGGCCACGUUGAAGGAGAGAAGGUAGAAAAUCCAGAUACAGGACUUUAUUAUGAUGAAUAUCUCAGGCAAGUAAUAGAUGUCUUGGAAACAGAUAAGCAUUUCAGGGAGAAGCUCCAGACUGCUGAUAUAGAGGAAAUAAAGAGUGGAAAACUUAGCAGAGAACUUGAUUUAGUAAGCCACCAUGUGAGAACGCGGCUGGAUGAACUGAAAAGACAAGAGUUGGCAAGAUUAAGAAUGUUAAUUAAAGCUAAAAUGGAUUCUGUUCAAGACACAGGCAUAGACCAUCAGGCUCUCCUUAAACAGUUUGAGCACCUGAACCAUCAGAAUCCUGACACGUUUGAACCUAAAGACUUGGAUAUGUUGAUCAAAGCAGCUACAAGUGACCUGGAAAACUAUGAUAAGACGCGGCAUGAGGAGUUUAAGAAAUAUGAGAUGAUGAAAGAACAUGAGAGGAGAGAGUAUUUGAAAACAUUGGAUGAAGAAAAGAGGCAACGAGAAGAAUCCAAAUUUCAGGAGAUGAAGAAAAAACAUGGAGAUCACCCUAAAGUUCACCAUCCUGGAAGCAAAGAUCAACUGAAAGAGGUGUGGGAAGAAGCAGAUGGACUAGAUCCUAAUGAAUUUGACCCCAAAACAUUUUUCAAAUUGCACGAUGUCAAUAAUGAUGGGUUCCUGGAUGAGCAGGAGCUGGAGGCCCUAUUUACUAAAGAGCUAGAAAAAGUUUAUGAUCCCAAAAAUGAAGAGGAUGACAUGGUUGAAAUGGAAGAAGAAAGACUGAGAAUGAGAGAGCAUGUAAUGAAUGAGGUUGACAUCAACAAGGACCGGCUAGUGACUUUGGAAGAGUUCCUGCGGGCUACAGAGAAAAAAGAAUUUUUGGAGCCAGAUAGCUGGGAGACACUAGAUCAACAGCAGCUCUUCACUGAGGACGAGCUUAAGGAAUUUGAAAGUCACAUUUCCCAGCAGGAAGAUGAACUUAGAAAGAAGGCAGAAGAUCUUCAGAAGCAGAAAGAAGAGCUACAGAGGCAGCAUGACCAGCUUCAGGCUCAGAAACAAGAGCUUCAGCAGGUCGUAAAGCAGAUGGAACAAAAGAAACUACAGCAAGGAAAUCCUCCAGCAGGACCAGAUGGAGAACUAAAAUUCCAACCUCCUGGGGAACACAAAGUUGGAGAUGCACCAAAACAUCCUGCGGGAGGUGAUCAGCCUUUACCACCAGGACAUGUCCAAGAAACAGCUGCUAGAACUGAUGAAGUUCACCCUUAACCACUUGUGCCUCAAAUUUAUAGCGUCUUUAUUAUUUGGGGGGGUGGGGGCCAGGAAAUAAGAGUGAAACACGAACUCUCCACUUUCUUCCCUGAACUGUAAAAUCAUUUGGAAUGUUAGAGAUAUAGUAUUAAUCAGAUUUGAAUCGUAAAUUAAACUAUUUUUCUCUCCAGUGCAUCAGUCAGAAUUAACGAUGGGAUCAUUUAGCAGGUAUAAUGGAAGAGGGAAUUAAGGAAACUUAAUAGUAAAGUUUUUUAUGGCCAGGAGACUGAGCUGUUGGAACUCUUCUCUUACAAAAAGGGAGAAGAUGUCUGUUAUUCUGUGUUUAGGCAUGAAUAGAAAUCUUCUCAGAGAGAAAGCAAGGAACUGGCCUGAGUGUCAAGUUAGGUCUAGUUUUAUGCAGAAACUCUUUCCAGAAGUGCUGAGAAGCUAAACGUGGCAAAAUGAAAACCAUAGGUAAAGGCCUACCAUUUCCAGCACUACCAAACCCUUUCUUCUUGAAGACCAAAUAAAAAUCAAACUUCUAAUCCUUAAUCACAGAAAAUUUGCACUUUCUAAAAUCUAAACACAGCAAAGAAUUAUGUGGAAUGGUGAAUAUUGUUCACGUUUACAGAAGCCUAAGAAUUUCACUGUAAGCCUUCAAAAGGAAUACUGUACUUCUGGUGUAUUGAUCUGAACCAUCCUCCUUGUUGAGAUUAAUUCUUUGUAGCAGUUGAAUACUCGAGUGGCUCUUGGGGCAGUGCUUUUGUCCCUGUUUCUUUCAUCAGGUGCCAGCUGAUCUCAAAAUUUUGCAUAUUAGUAAGUAAGCUUUUUAUGUUGAUGGAAUUAUUGUGCAAAACAGAACAAGACUCUUUGUCUUUUUUCUGUACGGAUUGUCCUACCUCCUAUGAUAAUACUAGAUUUUUCGAAAUGCACAGUGUGCUUCAGAAAGCUCUUCUCACACAUGAACCUUUGACUUGUUAAGAAUCUCGCUAUUAACUCUUACUAAAGUCUCUCAGCAGUUGGUGUAAGUUUCUGAAGUGUCCUAAAACAGGGGUGCUACUUGAUUGUAUUAUUUUGGUAUUGAACCAGGAUAGGUCCCAAAUAUUGUAAGCCAAGAUUUUAGAAGAAUAAGUUGAUUUUCCUGUGGGUUUCACUAUACCAUCAGGAAGUUUUGUGAUAGUCCUUUCUUGUCAUUCAUUUCAAAGUAUCCUGAAGUGUAAACCCUGUUUGGGUUUAUUUUGCUUGGGUUUUUGUUUUUUUUUAAAACAAGAUGUUCUGAUCGUACAAUGCUGGCUUUGAACUGAUAGACACACACCUUGGCAAGCACUCUUUGCGUUUCCUUCCUGUUCUGUGGGUAGCUGUUGACAAUGUUAUUAAAGCAGGUCAUUUGGGUUUUGAGCAAAGAAACAGAGGCAAGCCUCUGUUACAGAAAGAUGUUUCUUUCAGAAUAAGACUUUUCUAUUUCUUUCAGAAUAAGAAUAUUUUAGGCAAAGUCAAAAAAAGACAGGAGGCAAUUACUAACAUUUUGUAUUAACAUUUGGGAAGUUUCUCACUCUGGAGAGCUGAUUGAUAGAAGCUAGGCAUAUUUCUUCCAUAUUUAAGGCUUCUUUCAUCAAACCUGAGCAUAUUCUUGUUCUCCACACAACAAAAUGAAGUCACUGCUGGAACAGAUUAAGUUUUUAUCUGUUUCAUCUUCAGAGUUGUCAUGUCGCAUUUCCUUCAUUUAUACUACUCAAACGAUUGGACUUCUUUUGCUGUUUUUUUUCUUUUUGUUGUUGUUGUUCUCUACACGAGGUGCUAACAAUUUAGUUUCCAAAAACAGUGUCUCCACUGUUUGUAAUUUCCAUGCAAUUCCAGCAUUGGUUUGAUUAUGUCUUUGUCAGGAGACUAAAAUACCUUUCAACAACUUCAUCUGUUUGCUAGGAGUUCCAGACAUAGUUACAGCUACAUCAAGACUAAUAGAGUUCCUCUGUGCACAGCCCUGGCUUUGGAAUUGUAUCCUGAUAAUGGGUAAUGGAGCGAGAAGGGAAACAAAGGGGGAAUUAUUCAAACGUUGUGAAAAAGGUGAGGGGAAUUUUCUUAUGUUCUCUUCAUCCCACCUGAAAGUUUACGGAGAAGAAACAGAAACAAACAGUCAGGAAUGUUUGUAGAGAAUUAAGGACUGAAACCUUUGGUGUGAAGGCAUUUCUACCAUAUGAAUAAUUCUUUCGUUCUACAUCUGCCUCCUUAUAUGUAAUGGUAUGCUUUGUAACGUGAUGCUCAAGCUUUGGUUUCAGUGGAGCCUCUUAUAUUUCCAUUGUAAGAUCCUUACUCUCCCAGCUGUUGCAGAUAGGUAUUCGAUCUCCAUUAUACCACUUGCUUUGAAACAUCCAGAGUUUUGUAAAGAUCCAUCGUAACUUGGGUGCUUAACUCAGGUUCUGCUUGCCACGGUGUAGUGAGUGUCGGUGGUGACUCUGAGGCAGCCAGAGUUUGAGAAGCCACUGUGAGAAGCCAGAGUUUUCAUUUGUCAUUGCAUUGUAAAUUAGCAUUAGCAGAAGUUCUUCGUUUUGCAUUUCAACUACCCAUUGAGGUGCGCUCCGUGUAAAGUGGUGCACAGCUUUCCUUCAAUUGCUGUCUGAUACCUAAAUGUUGUUCUUAUCAGUGUUAAUUUAAGUAGUAGCUUUGCAGUUUAGCAAUAUACUACAGACUUUCUGUUAAUUUUUUUUAGAACUGGAAACAGGCAGUUUUUUUAAAAUCUUAGAAUUGUUCAUCCAAUUUGUCUCUAAAAAUAAUCAGAGUUAAGUCAAACUGUCAAUUAUUUGCCCUAAAUUAUGUGAAAGUCAAAGCCUCAGUCCUCAAUAACGCUUAAGUUAUUGAACUCCUACUGAACACAUCUUAAUUUUUUUGCCUAGAUGUUUUUGAGAUGAGAGCCCAAAUUGCAACUUCAUGCUCAUCUACCCAAUUCAGAGUCUCAUAGACAGCAAGGACUGAGUGGGUGUUCUUUCAAAAGAUUGUCUGUUACAUCUGGUCUAUGAUGAAACAAGGUUCACCCAAUGCUGUCCAUCUUAUCUUCCUCUGUAGAGGAAGGGUAUUGUCCUUCAGGCCCAGGCUAAAGGAGGUCUCUGUCUGAGUGUAAUAAAGUCACCAAACUAUUUUUGUGUAUCAUUUCUGAAGUGUGAUUUAAUUAAGAAUUAUUUCCCUGUGAGGAACAUCUGCCUUAGAGGUUAUGCAGUGUGCUGAAGUCAUGCAUACACGUGAAAUAUUUAACUGAUGUGUUGCUUUUUAAUGUGUUUGGGUUUUAUGCUGAUGUCUUCUUUUAAUUGGAUUCUUUCUUCCAUAAAAGAGACAAAAAAUAUUACCCAAUAGAAGCAUGUUUCUGCCAUGAUACUGAUUUUGCAGGAGCUUUUUGAAGUUGAAAAAAAAAAUAUAAAACUAAGCUUACAGCUAAGCGUGGAAGUAGAAAGCUAUAAUCACAGAUAAAUAAAGGACAGGAAUAGCAUGGGCACCAGUGCUUUCACCUGUACUCCGCUUUUCAUUUAGGAGGCAAUGACAAGAAAUCCGUGUGUAACUUCUUACAGACACCAGUUCCAAGACAAAGCUGUAGAGAUUUGGGUUUGUACUUGGCUAGGAUUUUGGUAGGAGGAUGGAGGGGUAAGAUUUGGUUGAUGUACAAAUUCAUAUCCUUCAGUGCAGUAUAUGUAAAAAAAAAAAAGCCCCGCUCCAUACUUUGUAUAGAUUAGUUUUUAACUGGAUUAAACUGAAAUUCAGUACAGUGGAAGAUGUCAAGUGUUUUAUUUUAAGCAGGUGGAAAAGAGGUGGGUUUAGAUCUUGUCUAUUAGCCCAACUUUGUAUUUCUGCUUAGAGGCCCUUCCCCUUUUCCCUUUAAUUUUUGCUUUCUUUUCGUAAAAAAGAUACCUUUUUACUAAUUCCUUUUUGCGUAAGUAUCUUGUGUUAUUCUCUGGCUCCAGCUUCCUCACUGCAAUAGCUAUUCACUGAUUAGGUACUUGAAUGUUCAGUUUUCUGUAUUCAUAAAAAUACAAAAUCAACUAAUUAAAAAGCUACUUCUACUGCAUUACAAAACCUUGACAACCCCCCACACUUCCCUGACUUGUUCAAAUUAAAAACAACGAAGGUUUAGUAAUA